GCACGAAAGGCGCGAACCGUGUAAACAAUACUUAAAAGCCUUAUAUGAACUGCUUGUCAUUAGAAGAUAUGAAUCAAUUUAUUUUACCUUGUUGAUGGUGCUGUCUUUAGGAUUUCGAUCAUUUGACUCGUUUUUUGAAACAUUUUAAACUUCUAACCGGAUGUUGCCCUUUCGCUGUGCUGUGGCUGUCUAAAAACUGAACUGUUACUGUACGCCUGUUUGUGAUGAAUAUCGAUGGUAUAAUCCUGCAUUCUACCAGUGAAUAUAGGAUGUUUUUAUCUGCACUUUCGGCUUGAGUCAGUCAAUAAGAGUUCAACAUGUGUAAAGAAGACAAGGAAGCCUUUAUUGUGAAAUUUGUGGAAAGUGGAGGUUCACAAACAGAGUAUGCUGUCAAAGCAUAUGAGGCCAUUUUGGAGCUGCAGUCUGAAAAGUUUAUAAAAAACAUCAAGGAGGAAGAUGUGUUACAGAUGGAGCAGAAGGACAAGUCUCUGUUUGUGUUCAGUAGCUUCACCUCUUCAGCUUUCCUGCACUGCAAGAAGCUUGGCUGCAGAAUAGUGAGCCCACUGGUGGUGUUGUACUGCCUCCAGAAUCAGCGUUGUGUCCCCAAAGCAGAGAAACCUGUGUAUAAUAUGGCGAUGGCUGAUAUAACCAUUUCCUGCACUAGCCUGGACAAAGCAGCACGGGCAGAGGUGAUGGAUUUGGUGCAACUCAUGGGUGGACGAGUCUAUCUUGAUCUUAAUGUGUCUGUCACCCACCUGAUUGCAGGAGAAGUAGGAAGCAAAAAAUACCUGGUGGCUGCCAGCCUGGGUAAACCCAUCUUGCUGCCCACAUGGGUCAAAGCUUGCUGGGAGAAAUCACAAGACAGUCUUUUCAGGUACACAGACUUGCCCGUGGAGGACUAUCUGUGCCCCGUGUUGCUUGGCUGUACUGUUUGUGUGACGGGCCUCUCCAGCACAGAACGCAAAGAGGUGCAAAGACUCUGCGAGCAGCACGGAGCCAAAUACACCGGCCAGCUCAAAAUGAAUGAGUGCACACAUCUUAUAGUCAGUGAACCAACAGGCCAGAAGUACGAGUGCGCCGUGAAGUGGAAUGUGUACUGUGUGUCUCUACACUGGCUUUUUGACAGCAUAGAGAAGGGAUUCUGUCAGGAUGAAAGCAGGUACACUGUGGCGCGCAAGGCGUCAAAAAACACGAGGCAGCACACGUCCACCCCCACCAACACCAGCAAGAGGCAAGAUGGUCCAUCUCUGUUGGGCCUGAGCAACAUUUCUGUCAGCAUUAACAUGGGAGUAAAUGACACCGCCCUCACWAAUACGACCAUGAGCCGUGUGGAGACGCCAGACCCCAUCGACAAUCUGGAUCUCACCGUUUGCCCAAAAGAUGAUGUUUUAGACGGCUGUAAGCUGUGUUUAUGUGGUCUCUCGGCGAAGAAGCUGGAGAAGCUGCGGCGACUUGUAAACGCUGCAGGAGGUCUGCGCUUCAACCAGCCCAGUGAGGAACUCACUCAUGUGGUGAUGGGAGAGCUGGACCAGGAGCUGCAACAUUUUCUCUCCAAAGCCACUCAUAGGCCCCAUGUAGUGACGGUGCAGUGGCUGCUGGACAGCAUCUCCAAAGGCAGCCUACUCCCAGAAGAAGGAUACCUCCACCCUCACUGCCUUCCUCCCGCUGCAGCCGCUGCAUCCACGCUGGCUCCUCACCCUCUGAAGUCCCGACCCUCAGCCGGUCCACUCGUUUCCAGCCCGAGAACUCCCAGAGGAAAGACAGCAGAGGAAGAUCUCCUCUCACAGUACAUGGAUGAUGACCCUACAGUGGUCGAUAUGCCACCACCAGCAGCUGAAAGCCACAGCAGGAAGUCCAUCAGCGCAGCUGCAGAGCCACAAACCGAGUCCUGGGCACCCGACCACACCAGAGGACCAGAACAAGACUCAGCCCUGCAGGAAACCCUGUUUUCUGGCAAAACGUUCCUCCUCGUGGGUUUUGGUGCUGAAGCCGAGGCACAGCUCUCGAUGCUGGCGAUUCAACAGGGAGGAAAGGUGCUGACGGGCAGCACUCGAGUGGUGGCCGACUACGCCGUGGUUCCUCUGUUGGGCUGCCCAGUGGAGGCCACGGUGGAUGAGGUCGUCACUGACACCUGGCUGGCCAUGUGUGUGGAGAAAGAAUGCCUUUUGGAGCCGUCCUCUAACCCCUUGUACACCCCUGUUCCUGUGAGGGAGGGGCAUUUUCCUCUCAAAGAUUGCAUCCUCUCAGUCAGCCAGUUCACCGGAGCAGAGAGGGAGUCUUUGGUGGAUCUGGCCAAGCACCUCGGAGCCAAUGUCCAGGAUUACUUKGUGCGUCUGGCGAACCAGAAGAAAGGCAUGCUGGCCAGCACUCACUUGGUGUUGCGAACUCCUGAAGGCACAAAGUACGAGGCGGCUAAGAAGUGGGGGUUUCCUGCGGUYACCAUGCACUGGAUACUGGAGUCUGCUCGAACAGGCAAGAGGGCGUCGGAGGAGAAAUAUCUGGUGGACCUCCCAGAUUCACCAGAGAGGGAUGAAGAGAGCUUCAUCGGCGGUUCGCAGAAACCAGCUCUGCCUCCUCUGUCUCCGGAGGUCCCUCUGCUGGGUCCUCAGAGCGGUAAAGCUGUCACCCCGCUGGAUUUAGGUCGCUUUCAGAGCAAAGCGUUUCGCUCCGUGCUGAACGAGAUGAAGCCCAAAGAAGACCUGGGCACCCCCAAACUAAACCGAGAGGAUGGCAGGAGGAGGCCCCUCCAGAAGGAUCCUCCUCUGCAGCUGGAUACUCCUUCUCGUUUCCUGAGCAGAGAUCAGCUCUUCAGGCCCUCUUUUAACAUUAAGGAUGCACUUGGAGCUUUGGAAACUCCAGGUGGGAUAUCAAAGCCAGGAGAGAGGGUGGAGACGCCGCUUACUGAUGUCAUUAACAGGAACCUGAAGGUGGCUCUGGCCAACAGCUCACGCAGUAACCUCUCUGAAGUGGAAGCAGCCUCGGCGAGCCCCCAGCUCAAGAAGAAAACUGAGGAGGAGGUUCCACAAACAGAAGCUGGCCCUCUGACUGGUGUUGUGAUCUGCGUGGGGAAGAAACUCAGUAAAAUGCAGAGUGAACUAAAUGCCAUCGCUGCCUCACUUGGAGCUGACUUCAGGUGGGCUUGUGAUGAUGGAGUGACCCACUACAUCUACCAGGGCCGAGUGGGGGACAACUCUCGCGAGUACAAAGGAGUGAAGGAGAACGGGCUGCACGUAGUCUCGCAGUACUGGCUGCAUGCUUGUGCUGAGGAGCAGAGACGUGUGCCAGAGUCCCUGUAUCCAUUCACCUACAACCCCAAGAUGAGCCUAAAGCUGAGCCAGGUGCCCUGCAGCUCCCAGAGGCCUCCCCCGCUAACUCAAACACAACAUCAUGACAUCACUGAACCAAGGCACGACAAGGGUGACCAGAGAAGCGGCUCUGGACAUGAACACAGAACCGUCUCAGAGUGAACAGAUCGUCUGGGAUGACCCCACAGCCAGGGAGGAGAGGGCCAAGCUGGCUGAUAAUUUACAGUGGCCCGGCAGUCCGUCUCAGCACUCAGAACCACUCGCACCUGCGCCCCCUCCCUCUGCAGAGUCCGGCUCACAGCUCAAAGACUCCAUGACCGAUUCRGAGCUGGUGGAGAUAGCGGCCUGCGAGGUUUUUAACCAGCAGGUGGGUCAGAAGGUCAAGACGCCUCCAUCAGAGGAGCCAGAAGACGACACGCUCACGCCUAAAGCUCCCAGAAUCGCCUUUCCUCUCACCAAACCUCCAGUAGCAMCCGAGCCACAGGUGGAGGAAAAGGAAGAAAAGCAGCCGCCCAGGUUUCAGCUGUCCUCACUCAGCCCUCAGGAGCGCAUUGAUUACAGUCAGCUCAUAGAGGAGCUAGGUGGCAUCGUCCUGGACAAGCAGUCCUUCGACCCCAGCUGCUCACACAUCAUCGUAGGGAGUCCUCUGCGUAACGAGAAGUAUCUGGCAGCGAUGGCGGCUGGUAAAUGGAUCCUGCACCGCUCCUACCUGGAGGCCUGUCGCUCAGUGGGACGCUUCAUCCAGGAGGACGAGUACGAGUGGGGCAGCAGCUCCAUCCUAGAUGCUUUACCCUCCAUCACCUCCCAACAAAGGAGACUGGCAUUAGCUGCCAUGCGCUGGAGAAAAUCCCUGCAGAGAAGCUGUGAACAGAAGGGAGCCUUCAGUGGAUGGACUGUGAUGCUGAACAUCGACCAGAGCAGAGAAUCAGGCUUCAGACGGUUACUGCAGUCUGGUAGAGCUAAGGUUCUGCCCAGCCCCUCUCCAUCGUUGUACAAAGAAGCCACACAUCUGUUCGCAGACUUCAGUCGACUAAAACCUGGAGACUUCAAAGUGGACGUCAGCGAGGCGAGCGCACAGGGAGUGAUGUGCUUAAAGCCCGAGUACAUCGCAGAUUACCUCAUGCAGGAGCCGACCCCACCUAUCGAGCUKUACCAUCUGACUGCAGCUGAAGAAGAUCCGGGCACGCCGUCACGCAAACGUAAAGCAUCAGCAGACGCCUCCAGRCUGAAAAAGAGCCGGCUGAACUGAAACCCUAACACAUCGUCUGUAUAAUCUUCACYUUAAUGAAACUGGUUUUAAAAAAAUAUAACAUUUUUGUAUUUAUAAAAAAUAAAAUAAAAGUGACAUCUUUUAUGUAA